AUGCCAUCAUCAAAAUCAAAAGCUUUAUUUUUCAUUUUCAAGAUAUUAAUGUUGAAUAUCGUAACACCAGUGAUGAUACAUGCAUGUGGUACAUGCACACCAAAUCCACCACCUUACCACCACCACAAACCAAGCCAUCCAAAACAUCCACCGCAUCACGGCGGGGGAAAAGUACGACCAAUAGGGACUCCUCCUCCUGUUGUUGUCGUGCCGCCGAUAAUCGUCACUCCACCACUACUACCACCUCCGACGAUCAUAUAUCCUCCACCAACAGUCUCUCCUGUUUUUCCUCCACCAGUAGUUCAACCAACUUGUCCAAUCGAUGCACUCAAACUUGGACUUUGUUUGGAUGUUCUUGGAGGUCUUGUUCAUGUUGGAAUUGGAAACCCUUUGGAGAAUGAGUGCUGUCCUGUUAUUCAUGGAUUGGUUGAUCUUGAAGCUGCUAUUUGUCUUUGUACUGCUAUUAGGGCUAAGGUUCUUAAUCUGAAUAUUUUCCUUCCUCUUGCUCUUCAAGUUUUAGUCACUUGUGGGAAGACUCCUCCUCCUGGUUUUGUUUGUCCACCUCUCUAA